UUCCUCUUUUUUUCUUUUUAUCUCUUUCGUUCAUGGUGCUGACCUAGUCAAAGUUUCUCACUUAACUUUUUGUCAGUACCACUGUCAAUUUAACAUCCAGGACAUGAAAUAAAUUUGAUUUGAUUUUUGAUUGGUUUGUAUAAGUUGAGCGAAAUAUCACAAAAAGAAAUAAAGAAAUUUGUUCAUUGUUUAUUUAAAUAAACAAUGAAAUUAGACAUAGCUGCAUCAAUUAUUAUAAUGUUUUUAGCUGAAAGAUAAAUUUGAUUUCAUAUUAUUUUAGUUGCUGGGUUUUAUGCAUGCAACAAUACCAAUGCCAUCAGCAUCAGUACUCGACGUAUUGAUCAGUCUUGGUUAUCUGGUAGCACAGCGAAUUAUUUACUCAUAUAUUUUGUCAUUGUCUGCAGCAAGCAACUACGAAAAAGAUGAUGAAAUCUAUACUGAUGAAGAAGUGUACAGUAGAGGUCUGCGGGACAGUUCCAGUCCCGGUCCCGCGGGACUUUUUACGGGACCGGGACCUAGAGGUCUGUGGGACGGUCCCGUGGAACUUUUAAUAGGACCGCGAUCAGGUUUUUUUGAAAAUAGUCUUGUAUGA